AUGGCCGACGAAAGGAUACUCGCCUGUCCCAUCAUUUCAUUCGAUGCCAAUAUUUGGCGAUUUUUCUCGCUCGUCUUGAAGCACGAUUUCAUGCGGUAUCUCAGCGUCAUCCCGAUUGCUACGAUGACGGUGAUGAUGUUCAUUGAUUUGUAUCGCACGUCGGACGUCCGUGAAGUGAUAAUCAAUGCCUACUUUGCCGUACUUUAUUUCAAUGCCGUGUUACGAGCAUUAACUUUGAUUUACAAGCGCGAGAAGUAUGAAUCGUUUUUGGACAAAAUUGCUAUAAUUUAUGAGGAAAUCAAUUCAACGUCGAACGAGCACAUCAAGAAAAUCGUUGAACGUUUCACCAAGAGAGCAAGACUGAUAUCAGUAUCAAAUUUGGCCGUCGGAGUUUUUAUCAGCGCUUGUUAUGUUGUUUAUCCUUUAUUCACCAGCCAACGCCGGCUUCCGUACGGGGCACACAUUCCUGGCAUGAAUUUACUCGAUUCACCCUUGUACGAAAUUCUGUUUGUGAUACAAGCCGUCCUCACUUAUCCUGCAUGUUGCAUGUACAUUCCGUAUGCAAGUUUCUUUGCCUCGGCGUCCCUGUUUGGUUUGGUUCAAAUAAAGUCACUGGAAAAUAGGCUGAAGAACUUUAAGCAGCAUGUCAGCGGGAAAUCUCUCAAGGAAAAGCGUUUGCAGCUGGAGGCUAUCAUCAGUGACCAUCAGAGAGUUAUUCACUAUGUGAGUGAGCUCAACGGUCUGGUGACUUACAUUUGCAUGGUGGAACUACUGUCGUUCGGAAUGAUGUUGAGCGCAGUGCUCUUCCUUUUGAUAAUUAUAGAUAAUUUCGCUCAGAUUGUCAUUGUCAUAUCGUACAUUUGUAUGAUAUUGGAGCAGAUAUUUAUAUUCUACUGGCACGCCAAUGAAGUCCGCGUAGCGAGCAUGGAGAUUGGCAAGGCAGCAUUCAGCGGUUCAUGGAUCGAGUUCGAUCACGCGAGUAAGAAGAAGCUCCUGAUGAUUAUACUUCGUUCACAGAGACCUCUACAGAUUUAUAUUGGAAACGCCUAUCCAAUGACGUUGGAAAUGUUCCAGUCGUUGUUAAAUGCAUGCUACUCAUAUGUCACCCUGCUUAGACGAAUUUAUAAAUAACUCGAGAUG